AUUGGAGGAGCGCACACACUCCCAGGAGGCCACGCGUAGGCGGGGCGAUUUACGCGGAAGUCAGCAGCGUCAGGUCCCAUCCUCCUCUGGGAGCGGGCAGACGGCGACCCCGCGCUGACCCGCGACCCUCGGUCCCGAGCACGCGCGCCCUCAGAGGGUGCCCGGACAGAUUGAAGCCAUGGCCAUUCUUUUUGCUGUUGUUGCCAGGGGGACCACUAUCCUUGCCAAACAUGCUUGGUGUGGAGGAAACUUCCUGGAGGUGACAGAGCAGAUUCUGGCUAAGAUACCUUCUGAAAAUAACAAACUAACGUACUCACAUGGCAAUUAUUUGUUUCAUUACAUCUGCCAAGACAGGAUUGUAUAUCUUUGUAUCACUGAUGAUGAUUUUGAACGUUCCCGAGCAUUUAAUUUUCUGAACGAGAUAAAGAAGAGGUUCCAGACUACUUAUGGUUCAAGAGCACAGACAGCACUUCCAUAUGCCAUGAAUAGUGAGUUCUCAAGUGUCUUGGCUGCACAGCUGAAGCAUCACUCUGAGAAUAAGGGCCUAGACAAGGUGAUGGAGACUCAAGCCCAAGUGGAUGAACUCAAAGGAAUCAUGGUCAGAAACAUAGAUCUGGUAGCUCAGCGGGGAGAAAGAUUGGAAUUAUUGAUAGACAAAACAGAAAAUCUUGUGGAUUCAUCUGUCACCUUCAAAACUACCAGCAGAAAUCUUGCCCGAGCUAUGUGUAUGAAAAAUCUCAAGCUUACUAUCAUCAUCAUCAUCAUAUCAAUUAUAUUCAUCUAUAUCAUUGUGUCACCUCUCUGUGGUGGAUUUACAUGGCCAAGCUGCGUGAAGAAAUAAGAAAGAAAAAGUUAUCAUUAACCAAGGAUAUGAGAGAAUAAGGAAUUAAAAGCAAUCUGUGUGACUCAAGCCUUUCAGUACUGACAGAUAGUGUCUGCCAGUCUUUUCAACCCUCUUCUCACUUUUUCUUUUUUUUAAAUCUUGUUCUGUGCCUCAAGAUUUAUCUUUGUCCUGUCAACCAUUUUAUUCCAGUGAAUGUCAGAUUGAACCACUCAUUGUGUAGUAGCCUUAAAGGGGCUUUUGCUUGUUUCUGUGGCUUGUUAAUUAGUGUCAUCUACUUAGAGAAACAUUUUUGUUUUUAAUUGCACAAAGCUAUCGCCAAGGUGGAAACCACCAGUCUUUUCAGCUGUCUGCUAAAACUCUGGAGGAACUUUAUGCACACAAAAGUAUUCAAGAGACAGAUAGUAUUGCUAACAUCUCAUCUUAACGUCUUUCCUUAUUGAAGAGUUUUAGGUGCUCCAAAACAACAGAAAUGGAGAAUAGUUGUUUAUUUGGGGAAUUAAAUUGUUGGUGCUGCUUGAAACUUAGGUAAAGUAUGAAAUAUUCUUAUUUCAGUCAGAUGGGGAACAUUUUUCUUGCCCAUUAGAAGCACACAGAAUUAUCCUUUUCCUCCUAGUAUUCACUUUUUGGAAUUAAGUUCAGUGUGUUGAUCGUUCACAAUACAGUGGAUAGCUUGACAUCCUGUUUCCCCAUUAUAGUUGAUUUGAGAAGAUGAUGGUUUAAGUAUUGCUGAAGGUUGAGGUUUUUUUAUAUAUUCCUUUUUCUUCUGUGGAUAUUUAGGGCAAUUGUUAAUAGAAUGGGUAGUGGAGGGGUGGGGAGGCAAAUUCCUCUGACUCACAAAGAAAAAGAAGGGAACCACAGUGGAUGUUCUAGCAUCUUAGUUGUACAAAGAGAGGUAAUGUGGGAAAAUUUUUCCAUUCCAGGAAAAGCUCAAACUGAAUACAGUCAGCAGUCAACUCAAAGGUUUGGGUUUGACUUCUGUUAAACAAUAGUUUAGCAUUCUUUGGGCUUUAAUAAAUUCUUUAAUAUGCCUAGUUUUGAAGAAUUCUUUUGUGAAACUUCAAACAGAAUAGACAGUAUAAUGUAUAGAAACAAUACAAAAUAGGUUAACAUCCAUUUAACUGCAGUGUAAGAAAAUUGGACUGUAGUCAUACUACUUCAGCCAUUCUGGCAUCUGUUACCUAGUAUGUACUUUGGGUGUGUAUCUGAAAGGAGGACAUUUGCUGCCCUAGCUCUCAUUGUAUUUAUUUAUCAAUAAGUGCCAUUAAGUGAAAAUUAUAUUACAUUUUACUCUUUCCCAAUGAAAGAACGAUUAGUCUAUAGAACCUAGCCACCUGUUUAGCCUAGUCAUGUGCCUUGAAUAUAUGUGUCCCUUAAUCUGGCUCACAGUACCUGUUAUUCCACAUAAAUCUUUCCAUGUAAAUCUGAUUAUUCCUGUUAUUCCAUGUAAAUCUUUCAUGUUAUUCCAUGUAAAUCUGAUUCAUUUAUUUGACAUGUAUCCUAGGUCCACUGUUAAGUCUUUUCUUGUUAAUCAUGCAUAUAGCACAACUGUUU